CGUCUCACAGACUAGUCAGACGCCAGGACUCUGUUGCUAGUCGCAGGAUGCAGCGCAGGCCUCCGAUGAACAAGAAGCGAAGUCUGGAGGAUCUACAGCGCGCUUUGCGGGAGGAGGCGGAGUGGAAGGACUCGAAUCGUUUUGCGCAGUUUGUGGCCAACGUUGUAGGCGGUAUUAUCGUGGUAUUAGGUCUGGGCAGCUACCUGGUCGAUGCGCUGUUUGCACGGCUUGCCGAUGCUCCCGCACAUCUUGACGAGCAUUUGCAUUAUUGCCGGAACGUGGUGGUGGAGCUGCUGAACGAGGCGCUUGUGGAGUUCUGGACGGUGGUAAAUAGCCUUCGACACCUCAAACGCGAGGAUUUAUCAGACCCGCAGGUUGUGGCGCGGCCCUUGGCAGUCGUUGCUGUUAUUGCGACUAUCGUCUUACUAGUACGCAAAUAUAAAUGGGUCGGCUGGUUCUGCGGCUUGCAAGUGGUGAUCAUCUUGCAGUGGAUCGUGGCGCUGUAUCAGAUGGCGCGUAUCGUGCUCUCUUUGUCGCUGUAUGUCACCGUGAAGGUGAUCAAGCAGAUCCUCUUUAUUGUGAAAAGUGUAUAUGUUGGGCUCUUCGGCGUACGUGAUAAGCAGGCCGAAAGACUUCGUCGACUCAUGAAAACCACCAAAAGCUACCGCGAAUGGAAGCAGAUGGCGCAAUAUCUCGACGUGCUGGAAGGGAAGGACAACUGGAAGACUACGAUUCAUGCUCAAGACACAGAGCACUGCGAUUUUGUACAGAUGCGUCACAACGUAGAGACGCUGACUCGAGCUCUUGACGGGGGUGAGAACAUCAAUGUGGACGAACUCCGGUAUAUCGUGGCUUCGGUAGUUAUGCGUGACGAAUUGGGCGUAGACUCACCAAGUCUCCAUUUGGAAUGCAACUCCGGGACGAAGACGGCAAUUACCAAGUAUAACGCACUGGUGAUUCGCGCUUUGGACACACUGGCUGGGAUGAGUGAUGAAAAGUUUCCUCACGCAGAGAAAGUCCGCUUCUUUAGGCGAAUGAAACAGUCUUUUGGCUCGACGGCACUGUGUUUGAGCGGUGGCGGGUCCAUCGCCAUGUACCACAUGGGCGUCAUACGUGCUCUUCUGGAUGCGAAUGUGCUACCGAAUGUCAUUUCAGGGUCCUCCGGUGGCUCUAUUACGGCAGCUUUUACUGCGUGCAGGACGAACGAAGAAUUGCUGAAUAAUGUCCUGGUCAGCGACAUUUCGACACGUUAUUUCUCGCUGGGUAUUCGCUGGUUUCCGCCGCUUUUGGAGCAACUUGCGCACUGCGUAAAGACGGGCUUUCUCGUGGCCUCAUCGGACUUCGAGCGCACUACGGAGCACUACUACAGUGAGCCUAUGAAUGCCGAGGACAAAACUAUGUAUUAUACGUUCCAAGACGCCUUCUUGAAGACUGGUCGUCAUGUAUGUAUCACCGUGUCAGCGUCCGAUAUUACGGGCCACAAAGGGCCAAAAAAGCUCUUGUUGAGUCAUAUUAACACUCCGCACGUGCUCCUAUGGAGCGCUGUCGCUGUGUCCUGCUCGCUUCCUGGCAUUAUGAAGGGAAAACAGCUUAUGGCGAAAGAUUUCCAGGGCAAUAUCGUUCCGUACGCGGCCCUGAAUAAAGAGUGGGUGGAUGGCAGCAUUCAACACGAUUUGCCCAUGGAAACAAUGGCUAGUGGCUUCGACGUGACCAAUUUUAUCGUUUCACAAGUGAAUCCUCACGUGGUACCCUUCGUCAGUGACGAAAUCGACAAACCAAGCAACACUAAGAGCAUUUUCUACAAGCUCGAGAGUGUAAUUGCAGGGGACGUGCGCCACCGACUGAAAAUGCUCGCAUUCCUGGGUCUCUUCCCAAAGAUCUACGGUCAUCAGUUUAGCUCGUACUUCAAGCAAAACUUUUCAGGAAAUGUGAUGAUCAUCCCCGACUUUCGCUUCCUGGAAUCCAUCGGCAUCAAGGCCAUUUUAAACCCAACUGUGCAAGAUAUGACACAUUACAUCGAAGGCGGCCAGCGUGCAGUGUGGCCUAAAUUGGCGUACAUUCGUCACCUUUGUAGUAUCGAGAAGUGUCUCGAUCACCAUCUCGAGCAAAUGCUUGGUGCCUCUGCCUACUCAUACAAGAACUGGCUGCAUCCGAGUGCCUCUGGGGAUACAGAAGUCGCGAAGAAGUCGACAAAGACUGACUAG